UAUGUGGCCCCAUGGGUGAAGAUGUCCCUCGACAUGACUCCAGUGCCCCAUCUCUCCCCUUCCGACACGUCGGAUGUCAGACCGACUCGCCUCAGCUUAAUUCGGCGGGAACCCAGACGAGCCACACUGUGGGAAUGAAUUCUGUGGCUGUACAAAGUGCGCCAUUGAAGACGACCUCAGUCGGCACACAGUUGUCCAUGGGAUCGCUGAAAACGGCACACAUGAGAAGCAAAGGUAUCCAGACAAAGGUGCCUCUUUUCAGUUUAACGGACUCACUACUGGCGUCUACGCCAGUAAAGGGCCCAGGCUGCCGACCUAGCAAGCGACCACGGCUUGAGCUGGAGGAUGAGGAGAUGGAGGAGAGUGACUCUUCAACUGAAUUUCUUAAGGAGCCUCUGGACUCGACUUACAACCCUGGAGAUUCUGUACUUACAGAGGAAUCUGACAUCUCGUUUGAGACACAGUCCAUACAUGAUGAGGAAAAGUAUAUUGUUUUUGAAAGCUGCCUCAAACAGCUGUUUGAAAACUGUCCCGUGUGUAAGAAGGGUUGUAAUCUCCAACGUCGAAGGAUGGGAACUUAUGUGGCUUUCAGUCAGCGGUGUCCACACUGCAGUUACUUCAGAGACUGGGAGAGUCAGCCCAUGGUUGGAAGUACCCCAGUCGGCAACUUACAACUUUCGGCUGCGACCUACUUUACUGGGACCUCCUUCAUCCAACUGGAAAAGCUCUGCAAGGCCAUGCAACUGCAGAUAUUUCGGUAUGACACCUUCAGAAGGCAUGCAAGGAAUUACAUGGAACCGGCCAUUGUUCACAAGUGGAAAAUGGAUCAGCAUGAUAAUUUCCAGCAUCAAUUGCGCCUUGGUGGGGUGGUUGCAGUGGGAGGAGACAUGAGGGCUGAUUCUCCAGGGCACUCAGCAAAGUUUGGCAGCUACUCACUGAUGAAUCUGGAGAGCAACACUAUUAUGGACAUCCAACUGGUUCAGAGCAAUGAAGUAGGUGGCAGCUAUCACAUGGAGAAGGAGGGACUGAAAAGAUGCUUAGAUCACCUGGAGUUGAAUGGAUUGAAGGUGGAGUACAUUGUAACAGACCGUCAUCCACAGAUCCAGAAAUUUCUGAGGGAACGCAGCUUAACUCAGUUCUAUGACGUUUGGCACUUUGAGAAAGGUUUGUCCAAAAAGCUUCAGAAAGCUUCGCACAACGAAGACUGUGAUGUCCUGAAGAAGUGGCUGCAGAGCAUAAAAAAUCAUGUCUACUGGUGUGCCACAUCAAGCACUGGACCAGAAAAGGUGGCAAAGUGGACAUCACUGCUAAACCACCUACAAAAUGUUCAUGUCCAUGAAGACCCCAUUUUCCCCAAUUGUCUGCAUCCUGACCACGCCUCAAGGGAUCCCAAUAAAUGGCUGCAACCUGGGUCAGUUGCACUUCACAAAGCUGAGAAAAUACUGCUCAACAAGAGAGUCCUGAAGGAUGUAGAGAAACUCAGCCACCAUCACCAGACCUCAUCACUGGAGUCUUUCCACAGCCUGAUACUGCGUUUUGCACCAAAGAAUGUAGUUUUCCCCUUCAUGGGAAUGUUGUGCAGGUUGUAUUUAGCAGCAAUGCACCACAACGAAAAUGCUACACGGGAACAAGCCACAACGUCUACUGGACAGGCAGUUUUCAAGGUCGUUUUUCCAAAGUCGAAGAAAGGGGAAGGCACUGUGAAGCCCGUGAAAACAAAACCAACCUUCAACUAUGUACGUGAACUCAUGAGGCUGCUCAUGCAAGAAGUUUUUGAAGACCCCACAUCAUUUGCAGAGGAAAUGAACACCAUCCCCAUCCCUCCAGACCUCUCAGCAGAAUUUCCCAAAACCCCAAAGGCUGAGCUGAUUGCCCGUCAUGUCUCCCGCUUCAAACAAUAGUCAAUAGGUGGUCUGAAGCCUGUGUAGUCACCAGACUGGAACUGCUGCCGUAUCCGCUGCACCACACAUGAUGGGAUGACAACCCGACGACUACGUC